AUGUAUGAACAUCUUACAAUUAGAUCAGACGAGAAGAGACGUGUGUACAAAAUGGUGAACAGUAUGUGGCUUUUGAAAAAAAUUCUUCAUUACUUUGGUUUAAUACCAAACUACAACGAGAAAACAAAUGAAUUCACAUCAAGUAAACUAAAAGCAGUUUUGUUGAGUAUCAUCUUCGCGUCACUAGUAAUUGUUUCGUUGUAUUUUAUCCGUGCAAAACGAGCUUUUCAUCACAGCGAAUUAAAAGUCUUCAGUGACUGGAUAAUGUACAUGAUAAUUAUCUCGUGGAUGUUGUGCAAUAACACGCAUAGUGCACACAAAUUUACUCAAAUAAGAUAUCUUUUAAUAGGCACAAAACUACCAGUAAAUAAAUUCUUCACUUUGAUACUCGCCUUGAACAUCUUGUUCUUUUUGGUCCUUCUUGGGUGUUCUGUUUACAUGAAUUAUGAAGUUGGCAAUCGAGAAUUAAAUUGGAAUUUAUUGCCAUCUGUACUUGAAAUAUAUUCAUUACAAUGUGUUACGCUUAUGUAUUCUACUAAAAUAUUAUUGAUUACCUUAAUUUAUACUCGAUGGUUAAAAAUUAAUAACGAUUUAGAAAAUCUGCUUGGAGUGGUACCUUGCAAAAGUAGUAUUUUCAAAAUUAUUGCUGAACAUAAUUUGGCAAAUAAUGCCGUGGAUUUAUAUAAUGACAUAUUUGGUUUUGAAACUUUGCUGGGAAAGUUGUAUGAGAUGUUCAAUAUCCUAGCUGUGUUAAAUUAUCUGUUAGGAAAAUCUGGCUCUGGAGAUUUGACUGUAAUGUUGUUUGCUUGGACGUUUCAUGUUUGUGGUGUAGGAAUACUUCACGCACAUCUUUGUGAACGCAUAAGCAAUGAAGGCAAGCGCACAGUCAAAUUGGCCUACAAUAUCCUCCAACGUUAUGAACAUUACUACGAUGACAUCAUAAAAAAUAAGAUGUAUCUUCUUACUCAACAAGCUGCUAAUAGAUGUCCGCGUUUUACAGCCUGGGGCUUCUUUGAUCUGGAUCAUAAGAUGAUUUUUACUUUUCUCAAUCUAACUACCACUUAUAUUAUUGUUAUGGUGCAGUUGAAGAUGCCAGAGAUGAACAAAUAA